ACUACACAUUCUACUCUCUCUUCUUUGUCCCAUAUUCAAUCUCUCUCAACAUAUAGAUAUAAAUCUAUUUUCUACCUUUAGAAAGAAAAAAAAAAUAGUAUUUUUAUCACCCCUUCUCUUCUCUAUCUGAUCUUUCAAUACUACUUGGUCUAAAACUUGCCUAAUUCUCCUUUGUAAUCCCCAAAAAACAUACUUCUUGAUGUAUUACACUACUGAUCAUCUUCAAACACCAACAAUGAUUCACACACUAGACCGUGAAAACUUCUUUUCAGGGAGGUGUAUAUUGGUGAAUGGACCUGUCAUUGUUGGAGCCGGUCCAUCGGGACUAGCAGUUGGUGCUGGCCUAAAACAACAAGGUGUGCCCUUUGUCAUCCUUGAAAGGUCAAAUUGCAUUGCCUCACUUUGGCAAAACCACACUUACGACCGCCUCAAACUUCACCUCCCUAAGCAAUUCUGUCAACUACCCUACUUCCCAUUUCCAAACAACCUCCCAGAGUACCCCACAAAGUACCAAUUCAUCAACUAUCUUGAAUCAUAUGCUAAGCACUUUGAAAUUAAGCCACGAUUCAAUGAAACAGUCCAAUCAGCGAAAUAUGAUGAGACUUGUGGGUUGUGGAGGGUCAAGACCAUUGGAAGUGCUAAUGGGUCCACGAGAGGGGAGGUUGAGUACAUUUGCCGGUGGCUCGUGGUGGCCACCGGUGAAAAUGCAGAGAAGGUGGUGCCGGAAUUCGAAGGCAUGCAAGAGUUUGGUGGCCAAGUUAUGCAUGCUUGUGACUAUAAAACCGGUGAAGACUAUAGAGGAAAGCGCGUUUUAGUAAUCGGUUGUGGAAAUUCAGGCAUGGAAGUCUCUCUUGAUCUUUGCCACCACAAUGCAAUUCCAUCAAUGGUGGUACGGAGCUCGGUUCAUGUUUUGCCAAGAGAAAUUCUUGGGAAAUCGACGUUUGAUCUAGCAGUUUUGAUGAUGAAAUGUCUGCCAAUUGGGCUAGUUGACAAAAUAUUGCUAGUGACAGCAAGGUUGGUUCUUGGAAACAUAGAGAAGUAUGGUCUGAAAAGGCCAAGUAUAGGUCCUUUACAGCUCAAGAAUACUGAAGGAAAGACACCUGUGUUGGACAUUGGUACAAUACAAAAAAUUAGAUCUGGUGAGAUCAAAGUAGUCCCUGGAAUCAAGAGGUUCUCGCCCGGUAGAGUCGAGCUCGUCAAUGGUGAAAGUCUUGAGAUUGAUUCAGUUAUUUUGGCAACUGGGUAUUGCAGCAAUGUACCUUCUUGGUUAAAGGAAAGUGAAUUCUUUUCCAGAAAUGGGUUUCCAAAAUCUCCAUUUCCAAAUGGGUGGAAAGGGAAAGCUGGACUGUAUGCCGUUGGAUUCACAAGGAGAGGUCUCUCUGGGGCAUCAAUAGAUGCAUUUAGAGUAGCAAAUGACAUUGGCAAAAUCUGGAAAGAAGAAACAGAGCACAAGAAGCAUUCUGUCACUGUUGCUUGUCAUCGGCGAUGCAAAUCCCAUUGCUAAAUUUGCCAGAACUUUGCUAACGAGAGUGUUCUUUUUUCCCUUUCUUUUUCUAGUUUUUAGAAGGUAACUUAUUGACCAAACUCAGAUCAAGUCAUGUAUAAAAGAAUAAGUUUAACAUAAAAGUAUCAACACUAUAUAUGAUAGCACGAAGAUGGACCCUAUUGUGCUAACAAUUACAUUUUUGAUACUUUAAAAAAAAAAAAUUAAUUCUGCAUAUGUACAUUUUCUCAUGUACAAAAUAAGGUGAUAAGAAAAGAAACACAUAAAAACAGAGAGUCGCCCUCUCCGGGAAAAUCCCAAGUCUUGGAAUGGUUUGGGCAUUUUUGUAAAAAGGAAGAUGAGGCUUUUUUUUCUUUUCUUUUUGUUUUUUUUUUUUUUUUGUUCUCUAGUUUUUAGCAAGCCUUUUUUUGUAUACAAUUCAAUAAUCCAAG